UCUCAUCUGAUCACCAAACUCUUUCAUUAGGGUUCGUUUGAGAGUGAAAGCUCCGAUCAAGAUCAUGUCGAACCGAUGGUGGGCAGGACAAGUCAACGUGGCCGGUGUUGAAACAUCUUCCGGCGGCGGUUCUCCGGCACUCAAGAAACCAGAUCUGGGAAUCUCCAUGAACGACAACACCACUGGUACUGGAAGUGAAGAAGAUGAAAGGGACAACAACAGUGAUGAUCCAAGAGAAGGUGCAAUCGACCCUUCUAACAGACGCCCCAGGGGCAGACCACCCGGAUCCAAAAACAAACCGAAGCCACCGAUUUUCGUGACCAGAGACAGCCCCAACGCCCUCCGUAGCCACGUCAUGGAGGUGGCGAGUGGAACGGAUAUAGCUGAAAGCAUAGCUCAGUUCAGUCGGAAACGACAGAGGGGUGUUUGUGUGAUGAGUGCUAGUGGAACAGUCAUGAAUGUAACCCUAAGACAGCCAUCAGCACCUGGUUCAGUCAUGGCUUUACAAGGCCGGUUCGAGAUUCUAUCUCUCACCGGUGCGUUUCUUCCUGGUCCUGCCCCACCUGGAGCCACCGGCCUCACUAUCUACCUUGCCGGUGGUCAGGGGCAAGUCGUCGGCGGGAGUGUGGUGGGGUCGUUGAUAGCAUCAGGACCUGUCAUGGUUAUUGCCGCCACGUUUUCCAACGCCACCUAUGAGAGGCUUCCGGUGGAGGAAGAGGAGGAGGGUGACAGUGUGGCGCCUGGGCUAGGUGGUGGUGGUGGCGGUGGAUCACCACCGCAGCUGGGGAUGGCUGAUCCGAUGCCGGGUUACAAUCUGCAGCCCAAUUUGAUCCCAAAUGGAGGUGGACAGUUGAACCAUGAAGCUUUUGGUUGGCCUCAUGGCCGACCUCCAUACUAGCUAGAGAAAUUAAGGUAAUUUU